AUGCAAUUAUCUUAUGCAGUUCAUAAAACAAGGUUCAUAGAUAGACAUAUUCCUAUUUACAAGAAGAUUCACAUUCCUAUCAUUAAAAAAAUCCCAAUCAUCCGGACUGUGAUAGUGAGAGAAAAAGUUCCUAAGCCAGUCCCAGUCCAUAAGGAAAUCAUCAGAACGAUCACUAAAAAGGUGAAGGUUCCAGUUAUUAAACGAGUUCCCUUUCCUAAGCCGGUACCGGUGAUAUACGAGGUUCCAGUGGAUCGACCAUUUCCAGUAGAAAAGCGCGUGGUUGUGGAAAAACCCGUCCCCGUUACAAAAGAAGUUUCAGUUCCUGCUCCUUUCCCAGUGUUUCCAAAAGAAAAGGUAGAGAAACCCAAAGACGGCGGUACUAUUAUUAUCGAUGCCGGUGGAAAAGGAGGAGGCAAAAUUGGCGGUGGAAUCGACAAGGGAAUAGGGGACAGAUUUGCAGGGAAAGGGGUCGAUGUCCCAGUUGAUAUCCCAGUCUUCCCAAUAGGUGGAGGGGGAGGGGGAAUAAAUCCUGGUUUCAAUCGCCCAGUUGGUGGAGGUGGAGGGAGAAUAGACCCUGGCUUCAAUCGACCAAUCGGCGGAGGGGGGAUUGAUCAAGGCCUCAUUCCUAUUGGUGGAGGUGGAGGGGGAAUCGAUCCUGGUUUCAAUCGUCCAAUAGGAGGGGGAGGUAUUGACCAAGGUCUCGUCCCAAUCGGUGGAGGGGGAGGGGGAAUAGAUCCUGGCUUCAAUCGACCAAUCGGCGGAGGGGGAAUUGAUCAAGGACUUGUCCCAAUCGGUGGAGGUGGAAUAGACCCUGGCUUCAAUCGACCAAUCGGUGGAGGAGGAAUUGAUCAAGGCCUCGUUCCUAUUGGUGGAGUUGGAAUAGACCCUGGCUUCAAUCGUCCAAUCGGCGGAGGAGGAAUUGAUCAAGGCCUCGUUCCUAUUGGUGGAGGUGGAGGAGGGAUAGACCCUGGUUUCAAUCGACCAAUCGGCGGUGGGGGAAUUGAUCAAGGUCUCGUCCCUAUUGGUGGAGGUGGAGGAGGGAUAGACCCUGGUUUCAAUCGACCAAUAGGAGGGGGAGGUAUUGACCAAGGUCUCGUCCCAAUCGGUGGAGGGGGAGGGGGAAUAGAUCCCGGUUUUAAUCAACCUGGCUUUAAUCCACCAAUCAUUGCUGUUGAUCAACUUCCAAGUGGAGGGGUUAAUGCAGGUCUUAAUCGUCCAAUCUCAGUCGAUCCACUUAUUGAUACCGGUCUUAUAGGGGAUACGUCCAUUGGUGGCGGCGUCAAUCCAGGUCUUGGACUUGGAGGGUCCGUUAAUGGCGGUUUUAUAGAAAGCGGAUUUGGUUUAGGUGUCGAACCAAACUUCGAUCGUACUUUCGAAAAUGGAUUCAACAGUCUCGACAAUUCAUUCGGAGGAUUUGAUAACAACGAUUUUCCUGUCUACGAGGCUAGGCUAAACGCCAUAGCCCAAGGGCAAGGUGCAAUUCUUCCGGGUGGAGCCAUUGGGCAGGGAAUUUCGGCUACCGACGUAGGGUUACCAGCAAGUGCACAAAGUUUCGGAUUAGGCCUGGAUGGAUCAGGUUUUGAAAGCGGAAGGGACAGUUUGCUUGAUUCAAACCUUGAUCUUUCAUCAAACUUAGGAGGUGCUGCUCUCGGUCCAGCAGCUAUAGCACCGGCUGCCUUUACUACUGGUGGAUCAUUUAGUGAUAAUGGAGGAACUUUAAAAACAAUAUGAGAUCAAUGUAAUGUUGUAAAUUAGGAAGUGGGUGUGGCUAUAGAGAUGAAGACCACGUGAUCGGUCGGAAUUCGCCGCCCGGCAGACAUCAA